AUGGGAGAUUUUAAUGCUAAAGUGGGACAAGAUAACAGUGGUUUUGAGAGAAUAAUGGGGAAACAUGGCUGUGGAAUCAUGAACGAAAACGGAGAACAUCUAGUAGACUUCUGUGGACUGAACAAUCUUGUAAUAGGUGGAACAUUGUUCCGACACAAGGAGGUCCAUAAGCUGACUUGGGUAUCACCUGGAGGCAGAGAUAAAAAUCAGAUAGACCACAUAGCAAUUAACGGUAAAUGGAGGAGAUCCUUACAAGAUGUGAGAGUAAGGCGAGGCGCUGAUGUAGGAAGUGACCAUCAUCUUGUCACAGCAAACAUCAAACUCAAACUUAUGAGAGCAUCAGAACCUUGCAGGGUACAGAGAUUUGACACAGGAAAACUCAGACACAUGAAAACCAACCAUGACUUCAAAUUAGAACUGAAGAACCGCUUUCAACUAUUAGAACAACGUAAAAGUAACAACAUGGAAGAAAGUGAAACAGUAGAUGAGCAAUGGCUAGAAGUUAAAGAUCUGUUUAAAAAGACCAGCGAAAAAAUCUUGGGUUUCAAACGCCAAAAACACAAGGAAUGGAUCAAACCAGAGACAUGGAAUCUGAUUGACAACAGAAAAGAGCUAAAGAAAAAGAUAUGUAACACUCACUCUGAUAGACUAAAAGAUAGACUAAUGGGUCAAUACUCCAACUGCAAUAAGGAAGUUAAGAAAGCCACUAGAAAAGAUAAAAAAGAAUUCAUCGAAGGAAUGGCUCUAGAGGCUGAAAAAGCUGCUUCAGAGCAAAGAAUGGGCGACCUUUAUCAAAUUACAAAGAAACUUUGUGGCCACAAAAGAAACACCAACAUGCCAGUAAAAGACAAACAGGGUAAUCUAAUAACAUCUGAAAGAGAACAAGAGAGUAGAUGGAAUGAACAUUUCAAAGAAGUACUAAAUAGGCCAGAACCAGAAACAACAGCAAACAUACCCAUCGCAGAACACGACCUUGAAGUAAACAUAGAAAUUCUAUCAAUAUCAGAGAUUAUCAGAGCAGUAAAGAGCCGUAAAAACAAUAAAGCCCCCGGAAAUGAUAAGCUAUCAGCAGAACUAUUCAACUCUAGAGACCAGUUUGCAGAAGCUGUAAUAUUAGAAACCAAUGAAGGAGGUGAAUAUUAUUUUAAGUUCACUUCAUCUGAUAAGUGUGAUACUGGAGUUGAGUUGGAACAAUGGAUUGUGGGAUAA